GUUGAUAUCAGCAGUAGGCCUACUAGCUUCAGGAGACAGAUAACAGAUGUGCAGAGUUCAGUUUCCUCAGUCAGGACCUGUUUUAUACAGUCUAUGGGAAGGACAUGCAUGAACACAGAGCUGAGCAGAAGUGAACAAAAUCCGGAGCUACACUGAAUCCGAGGCGGGGCGUUGAGUGUCGACAGCAGUUUUUCCCCGUGUGCUCUCUGGCUCAAAUAUUCUCGCCAACACGCCUCAAGCAUGACAAUAAACUGGUUUAGCUGGGUGACGGGGGGAAAACCACUGGUACGCAGAACUUUCGACAAGUCCCACCUGGAUUGAAAGCGCGACGCAGAUGUGAAGAAAAAACAUGGUGAAGAAGGCAAGAUGACUGGUUUAAAGUUUAACCGACAAAGAUCCUGACGAGUAUAUCAGCGGAGACUACAGUAUGGCGCGUCGCUCUCAGUGUUCCUCUGCUGGGGAUAACCCCUUGGACCCUAACUACCUCCCUCCUCACUAUCGGGAAGAGUACCGCCUGGCGAUUGACGCACUGAUUGAGGAGGACUUGGAGGGAUACUAUCAGUUCCUUGAAAAGGCAGAUGUGGUGGACUUCCUGUCCUCACUUGAGAUUCAGUAUAUUCAGAGCUCUGUUCAGGUCCCUCAGCAGAGCAGCCACCCUGAACAACAUUUUCUGGAGACUGGGGUAGAUGGCUCCUCAGACACUUACUGGCCAAUUCACUCUGACCUGGACGCCCCAGGUUUGGACCUUGGCUGGCCUCAGCUGCAUCACUUCAUUGGGCCGACAGAGGUCACCACUCUGGUCAACCCCCCUGAGCCUGACAUGCCGAGUAUCAAGGAGCAGGCCAGACGACUUAUCAAGAAUGCUCAGCAGGUGAUUGCUAUAGUGAUGGACGUGUUUACUGAUGUUGACAUGUUUGCGGAUAUUCUCAAUGCUGCCAUGAGGAAUGUUGCCGUCUACAUUCUUCUAGAUAAGCACAAUGUACAUCACUUCGUGAACAUGGUGUCCAACUGCAGGGUCGAUCUCCAGAGCAUUCAAUUUUUACGUGUAAGAACAGUGUCUGGCAUCACGUAUCAGUGCCGCUCAGGGAAGUCCUUCAAUGGUCAGAUGAUGGAUCGCUUCUUGUUGACAGACUGCAGGGCCGUGCUAAGCGGAAACUACAGCUUCAUGUGGUCGUUUGAGAAGCUCCACCGCUGUAUGGCCCACCUUUUCCUUGGACAACUUGUAUCGACCUUUGAUGAAGAGUUCCGUAUUCUGUUUGCUCAGUCCCAACCACUGGUGAUUGAAAAUGCUCCAGUGGAAGAUUUCAGCCUUUUACCACAGAGGCAAUACCCAGGUGAAAUAACUUCUCUGUACAGAGAGCCAAGGACAUUCCCAUCAGUGGACGCUGCUCAUACAGAGGAAUGGGCGAUCCCUUCCUAUGACGAACGUAUGGAUAUGGAUUGGAGAAUGAAGCCCCUUAAAAGGCAGGAAUUCUUGCGCGGCCCUGCAGAUAUGUACAACAGGUUUCCAUCCCAGCAAUCACGCAUGGAUCCGGCUUUUGAUCAGGGCACCCCCAGGAUGAUGGAAAAUCCCGCCUUCAAACGUCACAGUUAUGCUGAAGGUCUUCAUGGUAGAUACCCUUACUCAUUCCUGCAGCAACAGGGAUUGCCAGAGCCUGAGAACCAGGGAAGGCAGAUUCAAAGGGGGAAGCAACCAUAUCCAGGACCAGGAGUAGAACCAGAUUACAGUGGCUAUGACAAGUUCUGGAACCAAGACUAUCAUUCAGCAGAUCAGUAUUCAGACCCUGGUUUAACACAAGAGAUGGAACCACCUGAUAGCUUUGACCCUGUGCUCAACUAUUUAUCAUCUACCAGAAAUGUAGGCUUUGACCAGGGACCAGAGAAAUUACUACCUGUAGCAGAUGUACCGUUUAGUUCCUCUCACCCUAGAAGGUUGCGUGUAGGCCAGCCAUAUGCCUGCCAAACAUCUCCCACCCCCUCAAAUCCAACUGAUCAGAAGCAUUUUUUCCAGGAGCCUAACACUGACCGCAAGGAUCCUAUGGUGAAACAGGGGCUAAGAAACUGGAGGAUUAGCUCAUACCUCAGUGCAUGUGAUAAUCCAGGAGAUGAAGACCUGCCAUUGGCGGUACCUAAUGCACCAGAUCCUUUUGAAGAGCCCUCUAACCACAUACAGCAAACAGCACCUGGCAUGUAUUCAUCAGUCCCUAAAAUCCCUAAUGUCAGAGAGUUUAAGGUUCCUGCAAAACCCAGGGCAAGUCAGAUGCCAAGUUAUGCCAAAAUGACUGCACAAGAACAGACUAGGAAAUUGACUAAUGAACCUACUGCAGUGGCAACACCUUCAGAAUCCACGACUGAAGAGGAAAAGGCAGAGGAGGGUGAAGGGGAAAAGGCAGAGGAGGCUGAGCAAAAGGAGCCAAAAACUUCUGGUCUUCAAAGAGAGGAGUCGUUCCGUAGAAAAUACAAUGCAGCAUUACCGAGGAGCUCUAGAUUAAGGUCCUCUCUGAUAUUCAGCUCUCUGGAGCAGCUGCAAACGUCUAAAGAUACCAAAACUGUUUCAGACCAGCAGGAUCAGGAUAGUGACAAAAAUGAGGCAGAACAGACAAAACUGCCUUUUGCACAUGUUUUGGGACAAAGGAGGUCUGCUGCAAGGGAACCUUUUGAAUGGAGCCGUUACAUAAAGCCAGCUAGCUUUGAUAACUCUGCCACUGACUCAUCCAAACCAGCUGAUGGAAACAGUAAAGCAGAUGAUAAAGAUUCAUCAAAGGAUCUGAAUUCAGUGGAUCUUGCAGAAAACCGUGAAGUACAAGAGUCUUUAAAACUGCCAGAUGUAGAGCAAGCAAAUUCUUCACCAUCAGUGCCCCGAUCCAAGCAUUCUGAAGCUGAGCUGCCCAAAACUGAUCCACCAGCACAACCACCCAGAUAUUUGCUCACCAGUCCAUUAGAUAUGAGUGAUCCUGAUAAGAGGCUCAUGUUUUUCAAAGAGUUAGCAGCAAAACGCAAAUCCGCUAAGGCUGCAGAAGCUCAAAAGAGCAAAGAGAAGGCACCAAUGAAACCGCCAACUGAACUAAAACACAAUACCACUCUUAAAAAGGAGGAAUCUGUACCAAAAGAAACCUCAGAACUGAUGGCUGAUACGUCAACAGCCAAAGGUUUAUCAGAAAAAAAUGAUAUUGCAGAGGAUGCAGGGAAAGCGGUAUCUACAGAAACAUGCCAGUCAGUCAGUCUACCUUUACAUGGCAGUGAUAAGACUAACAAGGAGGACAGUCAGGUCAAGAAUGAUCCCAAUGCCUCCCAAAGCUGUAAAAAAGAACAAACCAGUGUUCCAACUGAUUCAGAGAAGACAGAGUUUAAAAACAGCCACUCUGCAGCAGCUCUGCCUGUUUCUGUAGAAACAAUAGCAACUCAGAGCAAACCACCAGAAGAAUCAAAGCUGUCAGAUCCUUCUGUAAAAAAGAGUAGAUCCAGCCAUCCACCUACACCAACACAUGCUACUCCUGCUAAUGUUCCUUCUCUUGCACAAGGUACUGAUGAAAGUGAAAGCCCUUGUCUAGAUUCUACCUCAAAGCACUCUAGCUCACUCACUCCCAGUUCAGCGGAGGUAGCACCAACUUGUGCAUUUGCUGUAUUGGAUUCUAACACUCAAAGUCCUGAAUCAGUUCAGUUGGAAACCAGCAUCUCGUUUUCUCCACAUCUAUCUGAACAACAAACUGGAUCACAAUUAAGCUCUUCUAGCCCAUCAGUAAAAUGCAUUCUGCCAGAUUCUGGGUCACAGAUCAGUCCAAGUGUUUCACCCUCAAUCUUUGCUCCUCUUUCUACUCCAGCAGAGAUCAUAUCUUCUGUUGUUACUCCAGAAGACUCAAGCUCAACCCUAACUUCCAUCAUAUUGUCCCCAGAUGCACAGGAGUCUGUCAGCCCUCCACAAGCAGAACCUUCCCAGUCAGUUAAGGAAAUUUUACAAAAAUCGACAGCUUCUGCUAUCAGCCAAAGUGAAUCUACCCAAGCUCAUCUAUAUUCUGUUUCCCAACUGAUGUCACACGAGACCCGAGCAGUUGAGUCUGCACAUGUGGGAUCUGAUAUUUCUCCUGAUGGAUAUGCUGCUGGUUCAGAGCCGGACACAUCCUCAUUACAAUCCACUUCAAAGACAGAAGAAUCUUGUGCUCCUACAUCUUUAGAAAAAGAUGUUCCUGAAUCAGAAAACAACUCAAUAUCUAAGAGUGCGGGAGAAGGAUCUGAGGUUCAUGGAUCAUCAGUGGGUGUCAAAGCUGAUGGCACACCUCCUAGUCUUAGCCCUUCAUCACCUGAGUCAUGUUUACCUAAUGUAUCUGAUCUGGAAAAUAAAUCCAGAUCUGAUCAAAAGGAAACUAUGACUCCUACCCCCUCCCCAGCAGACCCUAUCUCAAAGAGUAUGGGAGAAGAAUCUGAGGUUCAUGGAUCAUCAGUGGGUGUCAAAGCUGAUGGCACACCUCCUAGUCUUAGCCCUCCAUCACCUGAGUUAUAUUUACUUAAUGUAUCUGAUCUGGAAAAUAAAUCCAGAUCUGAUCAAAAGGAAACUACCACUCCUACCCCCUCCCCAUCAGACCAUAUUUCAAAGGGUGUGGGAGAAGAAUCUGAGGUUCUUGGCUCACCAAAGGAUCUCAAAGCUGAUAGCACACCUCCCAGCCUUAGACCUCCAUCUCCUGAGUCAUAUUUACUUAAUGCAUCUGAUCUGGAAAAUAAAUCCAGAUCUGAUCAAAAGGAAACUAUGACUCCUACUCCCUCCCCAGCAGACCCUUCACCUGAGUGUUCUCCAGCGCAAACAAGUUCUCCUGUCCAUCCAGACUUUACUCGUAAUGCUUCCCAGUCAGAAACAUCUGCAUCUCCUCAAGAUGCACAAAUACAAUCGACCCCUCCCUCCGAACUUUAUCUGACAGGACCUGUCACUCCCACUUCUGUUGAAAUAGUGUCAUGUUCUUCUCCUCUAACCGAGUCAUUUGGUUCAGUUUUGUCCCCCGAGGCUGAGAAAACAUUGUCUGCACUGCACAAAACCUCAGAUGCUAACUCCCUUCCCAAGCAGGUUAGAACAGACUCAAACGAACAACCAAUGCUCCCAUCCACAGAAACUUCCAGUCCAACUGAGCCUACCCCAAAGGUCCCAACCGAGCAUGAACUGCCAUGCAGAACAACACCUUCAGAAUCAUCAUCCACAACUAAAGAAGAAAAGGCAGAGGAGCAAAAGGAACCAAAAACUACUGUUGUUCAAAGGGAGGAGUCGGUUCAUAGAAAAUUCAAUGCAGCAUUACAGAGAGGCUCUUCCUCUCUGAUAUUCAGCUCUCUGGAGCCACAGCAAACUUCUGAAGAUACCAAAACUGCUUCAGACCUGCAGGAUCAGGACAGUGACAAAAAUGAGGCAGCAGAAAAAGGUUCUCCUGUCCAUUCACACUUUACUCCUAAUGCUUCCCAGUCAGAAACAAUUGCAUCUCCUCAAGAUACACCAAUACAAGCAACCCCUCCCUCCGAACUUAAUCUGACAGGACCUUUCACUCCCACUCCUGCUGAAAUAAUGUCAUGUUCUUCUCCUCUAACUGAGUCAGGUGGGUUGGUUUUGACCCCUGUGGCUGAAAAAACAUUGUCUGCAUUGCAUAGCCCCUCAGACACGAACACUCUUCCCAAGCAGGUUACAACAGACUCAGAUGAAACACCAAUGUGGCCAUCAGCAGAAACUUCCAGCCCAACUGAGCUUAACUCAGAAGUCCCAACUCAGCCGGAUCUGCCAAGCAAACCUCCUAAAUCUGUGACUUUUGAAACCCACCCUUCAGAGCCACCUGUACCUGCUGAAAAUAGUAAGGUGGAUGGUCAGAAUGAAGUAAGCAAACAGUCUGAAAUGCCUGACUCUGGUGAGAAAAAAAGAGACAACAACGAGGCUACUAAUAAGGUUGAUGAAACGACUACACAGGAAUUGGUUUGCAGUGAGAAAACAAAUGACCAAGUAAGGCAAAAUAACUGCUCCAGACUGUCAGAUAUCACAUCAGAUGAAGUCAUUGUUCCGUCACCACAGUCCAAGCAGCCAAAAUCAAGCCAGUCUCGCUACCACACAUCAACUGCCAACGUGCUUUCAAGCAGCAACCUAAGAGACGAUACAAAGCUGCUUCUAGAGCAAAUUUCUGCUAAUAACCAAAGCAGGAACGAGGCUGCCAAAGAGGCUCCUGUCACUGAUGACGAGAAAGAAGACAAAGCUGACAAAAAUGCCAAAAGGGAGAAAGAAGGAGGGAUCAGGUCAUUCAGCAAAGAUCCGCCUAGGUCAAAUCAGGAGCGCGAGAAGGCGCUGGAGAGGAUUCAGAGCAUAAGGAACACAAGGAAAGUUUACAGUCGAUUUGAGCUAUAAAUAUAUUAAAGUUAGGGUAUAUGCAGUGUUGUUGAAACUAGAAAGAGACAGCAAGAUUUUGAAAGUAUCCAACUGAAAGAAAUCCCACCCCACAGAGAAUUUCAACAGAUACAACAAAAAAUGCUUCAAAAAUAACACUGAUCUUUAAAGCAUAACUAACUAUAUAUAACUACCAGUGAUAAAAAUUUAUACAAACCUCAUGUCCAAAUGUGUGCCACGACCAACAAAAGUCUUACUGGGUGAAUCGAGUGUGAAAAGUAUGCAGACUUAGACUACAUGUGUGUAAUCAGAUAUGUUUUUACUGACUGCAUGGGUUAAGUGCAAUGUUUGCAACAGAUUGUUUCUGUGAUGAGACCUGUCCUUGCCUUUUUUACAGCACUGACAGCCAUUACAUUAAUGUUAGUUAGUUUUAAGACAAAAUGUGAAUAGAUGAAAGUGUAAUAGAAAAGCUGUCUGAGUCUGUAAAAUUGUAAUAUAGUAUACAAUAUUUUGUAUUGUUUCACAAUCAUGUUAAAGAUGUUAUGAUAAUUACAUGUUUGUGAACCAUGUAAUUAUAUAGAACUUUGAAUCCAUGAUGAAUAACCCUGAGUUUGUAACAGAAUUGAAGCAUGAUGUAACAUGAUGUAUCUAUAGGCUAAUAUUAAUGUUUAAUUCAUUGCACACCACACAGUACACUGUUUUUUGUUUCUAUUCAGAGCCAUUGAGGUUAAAUGCCAAUUUUCCAAGCUUGUGACUGGUUGCUUUAAAGGGUCAGUUCACCCAAAUUACCCGAAUCACCUAAAUAAUUUUUUUAGAUGAUUUGUGAAACAAACAAAUGUAAGGAAAUAUAUGUAAAGUGUUAAAUGUAAUUUUGGGCCAUGAAAGCCAAAGCUAAAGUAUGGAUUCCACAAGUGAGAGUAAGUGACAAAAUAUGGGAUUUCUUUCCUGGAUUGUUCCUUAAAAAUGCCUUUUUUUAAUUAAAACUUGUCAUACCUGUACAUUGAAACAAAAUAUUUUUAAACUGCAAAGAAUUCACAUAACUAUGUAGAUUGUGCUCUGAACGUUAUACUUUUCAUAACAGAUGUGUGAUUCCUGUCUUCAGCAACACUUGUAAAUAAAAUUUCUCAAAUAUG